AUGUAUGAAGGAAGUUCGGAAGAAUUAAUGAAUGAGAAAAAUGAAGAAAAACAAGAGGAAUAUGAAAGUGUUGGAGGGGGUCUAAGCGAUGCCCAACGAGCGCGCGCAGAACGCAAUCGGCAGCGAGCGCGCGUCUUGCGCGAAGCACGUCUGGCACCGCCGCCGUCGAAGUCGCGAGCCGUCGUCAGCGUCCAACCGAGCAUGGACUCUGGCGGAGGUUUUCUGCUCGAGGAGAAGGAGAUGGAGCCGAAAGCUGUUCAGCCGCCUGCCGCGCCCCUCGUGCAUCGGUCGCAGCAGCCGCACUGCCUCGAAUGCCAACGGCCGUUCCCACAGUCCUACCUCUUUGAUACCUUUCACUACUGCGUCUGCGACGACUGUAGAGACGACGAGGAGAAACACGCGUUGAUAACGCGGACAGAGGCGAAGGGCGAGUAUUCACUCAAGGACUGCGAUCUCGACUCCCGGCCGCCGCCGCUGCUGUGCGUGCGUCGCCGCAACCCACACCGCGCUCGCUUCGCCGAGAUGCGCCUCUACCUGCGCGUGCAGGUGGAGCAGCGCGCCCUCGAGGUGUGGGGAUCCCACGAGGCGCUGCGAGAGGAGCAGGAUUUACGCGCUCGGCGGCGUGAACAGGCGGCCGCGACGCACGAGCGACGACGCCUUCGAGCCCUACGCAUGGACGUGCGCUCCAGUCUGUUCGACCGCACGCGAGACGCGCACGAGCACGAGUAUGGCCCCGAACGCCACAACCCUGACGACGACGUCUAUGAGCGCGCCUGCGAGUGCGGCCAUCUGCUCGUCUACGAGAAGAUGUAG